CAAAUGGGUAUAUGAACUCAAUCACCAACACAAACACAUGCCCAUAUGUACGUGAAGCGUCUACGGAGACUACAAUCAACUAAUAAAAGCUUCGACGUUGGCAUUUUGCGAGAACCUCCUCAAUACUUGUUCACCAACUCAGCAUUUACUGGCUUUGGGUGGGUAUUAAAGCGGCGGUACUAGCGGAAAAAGCAGUUUCAACAUUUUGCUUAGUACGGCAAUAGCGUCGUGGCGAGAAUACCAUACGAGUGUUAACGCGCGCCAAGAGUAACAUAGCAUUUCAAACCGACAAGGCAACAACAACAAGAAGACUAUGUAGUGAGUUGUGUGAGAAAGCCAUAAACACGUUUAAGCCAGGUAUAUUAUUAGUCAUCCGUUGAAAACAGACAACGCGCACAUACACACAUACAAAUAUGCAUAUGCUAGAUAUAGUGUAGAUCGGAAAAUAAGCGUACGUUUUCUUUGUGGUCAAUUAUAAAAUGUGUAAAUAGAAUACAAUACGAUAAAUUCGAUGUGGAUAUAGCAUAUGUGUGCAUAACUGAAAUAUAUACGAUACGUAGAUAUAUAUUAUAUAUAAUAUACAUAUGUACAUAUACAUAUAAUCGUGCAAUAUAAUCUUACCUCAAAGAUGUUACAAAACGCAAGCGCAUUGCAUUUAGAACAGGAAACAAUAGCUGUUGCAUAAAAAACAUCACAGUGCACACAUAACUGGAUAUGAGUUUCAAAUUUUGUUCGCUUGUAUUCGCCUAUCAUUGAGUAUAUCGGGUAGCAUUACUUAGCACAUAAAUUCGACAACGCGGCAUACAUUGCUAUAAAACCUCUUUGAUUGAUCGGAAACAACAAAAUAUAAUAUAAUAAGCAACAACAAAAAACAACAACAACUUGCGGAAUAAAACUUCAAAAUGACUGAGUUCAUCGAGGUACAAAUACAGAAGAAUCUUAACCAUCGUCUAACCCGCAGCAUAGACAGCCGACAGGAGAUCUUUGGCAAUAGCGAUACACGCGACAGACAUAGAAAACUGGACUUAUUUCGCGACAUGAUCGGCGCCAGUGUUAAUUUGGCGUUGCGCGAUAAAUCCUGUUGUAUGGAUAUCAAUUUCUUAAAUCGUUUCCUAUACGCGAAGAAAUUCAAUUGCGAAGCAGCUUUAGACUUACUCAUAAAAUAUUUAUUAUUCAAAGAGAAUAACAAGCAUAUUUUACAAAAACUCAGUAUUUUUGAUGAAAACAUACAAACUUCCUUAAGGGAUGGCAACCCAUCCGUAUUAAAGCAGCGCGAUCGUAAGGGGCGUAAAGUUCUAACGUUUGCUGCUGCCAAUUGGGAUACAAAUAAAUAUAGCAUGGAGGAUGUGUUUCGUGCGUUGCUGCUGUCAUUGGACAAAUUGCUGGAGAAUGUGGAGAAUCAGGCAUUGGGAUUUGUGGUGAUUGUUGAUUGGACAAACUUCACAUAUAAGCAAUCGAAGCAUAUCUCCGCUAAAACGCUUAAGUUAAUGAUUGAAUGUUUGCAGGAUUGUAUGCCGGCAAAAUUCAAGGGCAUACAUUUCAUUGGUCAACCUUGGUAUGUGGAUGUGAUGCUAAAAGUAGUAAAGCCCUUCUUAAAUGAUAAAAUCAAGAGACGUUUACUGGUGCAUGGCACCAAUUUGACUAGCUUACAUAAUAUGGUCAGUAAAGAUAUUUUACCACCCGAUUUGGGUGGCGAGGGUCCGGCAAUUAAUACAUUGGACUGGUAUCAUUAUUUAUUGGAGUCAAGCCAAAAUUCGGAACUGAGAAAGUCCUAUAGACUUAUUGAAGCGACUGUAUAUUCAAAAACGGCAGAUUGGCAGAAACCUGUAGCAAUUGCAAAUGGAACGCAAAAAAUCGAAUCGAAUGGAACUUUAAUUAAUAUUAAACAAAUCUCAUGACAAUGAAGACUUUUAGUUUUUAUAAUAAAUAUUUUUAGUAUUGCACUUCACUUUGUAUAAAAAUGUGUAUCUAUUUAUAGAGCUUAGCAUUUGUUCUUAUAUUAUAUUUGUAUGGUUAUAUUAUUUUUUGUUUUAUUCAUAUUAUUUGUAGAUUUUUUAGUUUAAGAGUGAAUUGUUCUCGAUAAUAUAAUAACUAAUGUUUUGAAUGCACAAAUA